GAUGAACUUGUCAACUUUUGCUCCGGUUAAAUUCCGCACCAAAUAUUUCACAUUUCACAACAAUUUCAGUUUCGGCCAAAAAUAUUAAAUUAAUUAGUUACAAAAUGUUACCAAUAAUUAUGGCAUUUCUCCGCUCAAAUGCGGUACUAAUUACUUUACCCAUCGCUUGCGUGAUUGGGACAGUUGGUUAUAAUUUGGAAAGUCUUCUAUCGGACAAGUAUACACCUUAUAGCCAAUCAAUUCAAGAAAACCGAGCUGAACGCUUGGCGAGUGAAAACGUUUUAGAUAACGCAGCGAUGGUGGACAAAUUGAGGCUUAAUGAGAAUGUUCUCGAAAGGAAUCUACCGCCUUCUUUACAGACAAAAGUUAAUGUUUAAGGGAAUUAUUAUUAAAUUAAUACGAUGUUAAUAUGAUUGUUAUCAACAAAAAGUGAGAUUGGGAUGAAAUAUUAAAUAAAUAUAAACUUGAAAUCCUGAAAAAUGAAAAUA